CCUUCAACAACACCAUGCCAUGUCUGCUCGAUCCUAACGGCCUGGCACAUUGCACUGCCCCAGAAGCAUCGCCGUGCACUCACCUCCGCAGGCAUUCAGGCAGUCAGUAUGGCGGGCUUGUUCUCUGGUAGACCAGGCUCCAGGCCAGGCGAGCACGACGGCCACCACAAUGGACCCCAACACACCUCAUCCUCACCCUCAACAACAACCCGCAGCGCUGCCGGCGAGCUGCUGCGCAAGAAGAGCGGCGAUUAUGGCCGCAUCGCCGUGACACCCGAGGACGACCGCCGCGUGCUCAGGCGCGUCGACUCUGUCCUCCUGCCCAUCAUGCUCACCGUCUACUUCCUCCAGGUCGCCGACAAGACGACCCUCUCGUACAGCUCCGUGUUCGGCCUCAUCGAGGACAUCGGCCUCGAGGGCGAUCAGUACAGCUGGCUCGGCUCCAUCGUCUAUCUCGCCCAGCUCAUCAUGCAGUUCCCCUUGGCCUGGCUGCUUGUCCGGCUGCCCAUCGCCAAGUUCACCAGUGUCAUGGUGCUGCUGUGGGGCACCACGCUGUGCCUGAUGGCUGCGACGCACGACUUUGGCAGCAUGAUGGUCGCCCGGUUCUGUCUGGGCGCGUUCGAGGCCACGAUUGGGCCCAGCUUUGUGGCCAUCACGGCCAUGUGGUGGAAGCGUGGCGAGCAGACCAACCGCACGAGCUACUGGUAUGCCAUGAACGGCGUCGCUGGCACGCUGGGAAGCUUGAUAACCUACGGCAUCGGGCACAUCCAGUCUUCACUGCGGCCAUACCAGCUCAUCUUUCUCUUCUUUGGUUUUACAACAAUCGCCUUUAGCUUCAUCAUGCUCCUGUAUAUGCCAGACUCUCCCAUGGAGGCCAAGUUUCUCGACGACCAUGACAGACUGGUCGCAAUCGAGAGACUUAGGGUAAACCAGAUGGGCAGUGUGUCCCGCGAGUGGCGUGGUGACCACCUUCGAGAAGCCAUCUUUGAUCUCAAGACGUGGCUCUGGUUCGGCCUCAUGCUCGCCAUCAGCAUCCCGUCGGGUGGGAUCAACACCUUCGGCCCGCUCAUCAUCAGCACGUUCGGGUUCGACAAGUUUCAGACCACCUUGUUCAACAUGCCCUAUGGUGUGAUCCAGGGAAUCGCAAUCCUGGGGGGCUCAUAUCUAGCCACAAAGUGGAAGAGAAAGGGCAUCAUCAUCAUGUGGCUUUGCUGCCCCGUCAUCGUAGGCUACACAAUCAUGCUCGCGCUGCCACACGAUGCCAGCCAUCAGGCAUCACUGCUAUUUGGCUACUAUCUCAUGUCUAUAUAUCCUGGCAUAACACCGCUCCUAUACUCGUGGUCAACGCAGAACACCGCCGGCGACACGAAAAGCAAAUGCACCAACGCAAUCUUGUUCCUCGGCCAGAGUCUUGGCAACAUCAUCGGCCCCUUGCUGUACAGCCAGGCCGACGCCCCGGCGUACUCGCGCGGCCUGGCAUGCAACCUACUCAUGUUCGUCGCGGUGAUUUUGCUAUCCAUGGUGACGAGCGUGCAUCUGCACCGGCUAAACAAGAAGCAUGCGCGGAUGCGCGUGGCGGUGGGGAAGAGCGCGGUGAUUAUUGACACUAGUCUUGACAGCCCAGAAGAGGCUGCAACGCGGAAGCGGGAUGGCGGGCGUGUGGUGCAAGACGAGGCGAGCGAGAGCUUGAUGGCCCGGGCUGCUGAGGAGGGCGAUGGCCACCGGGCCAGCCGGGAACGGAGCAGUGAGAGGGUCGGCGACCACGCCUUUGACGAUCUCACGGAUCUCAAAAACGAAGAGUUUGUCUUUGUGCUAUGACGCGGGCCGUCAUUGACAUAACUCAAACCUCAAGACAAUACAUUAUUCCCGAGA